UGCUGGCGGAACUCUCGCGAGACUGGAAUCUCUCCCCGCUUCCUUCUCGGGAAAAGAUGUCUGCUAGCGGAGAGCUGGUUGAGCGGAUGGUGGUUUCGUCAGGGACAAGCGGCAGUACCGCCCCUGCUCUCUCCUCACCCGCCACCUCCACAGUCACUACCGCUGUCAGUGCCUCGCCCGGGGCAGCGGAUGGAGGAGGCGGUGGUGAUGAGGAAGAGGAAUGGCUGUACGGGGAAGAAAAUGAAGCUGCAGCAGCAGAUGAUGACGAAGAAGACAUAACAAGCUCUCAACCUGUACCUGAAAUCGAAGCAGAGACUACUGAGAAUGGUGUUGUGAAAACGGUGACUGAGACAGAAGAUGACAGUGAAAGUGACAGCGACGAUGAUGAUGAUGAUGUCCAUGUUACCAUAGGAGAUAUUAAAACUGGAGCUCCUCAGUAUGUGCCAUAUGGAACAACCCCUGUUAAUUUAAAUAUUAAAACUGGGGGAAGAAUAUAUGGACCAACAGGAAAAGGUAAAGGGGUUGAUUUGGAUGCCCCAGGAAGUAUUAAUGGCGUGCCUCUGUUGGAAGUAGACUUGGACUCUUUUGAGGACAAACCUUGGCGAAAACCAGGUGCUGAUCUGUCAGAUUAUUUUAAUUAUGGUUUUAAUGAAGAUACAUGGAAAGCUUACUGUGAAAAACAAAAGAGGCUAAGGAUGGGCUUGGACGCACUUCCACUUUCUUCUAUAACAAAUAAAAUAACGGUACAGCAGGGCAGAACAGGCAAUACAGAAAAGGAUACCAUUUUGCAGAGUGUCAAAUCAGAGUUUUCGUCUCCCACUUCAUUAUUCAAACCUGGAAUUCCUCCUCCAAGUCGAAAAACCUCAAGCGCAAUUGAUGUGAUUGGUCAGACAACCACUAUCACUCGUGUAGAAGGACGGCGGCGAGGUGCAAAUGAAAGCAAUAUCCAGGUAGUUUCCGAACAGUCUCCUUCUGAAGUGGAUAAUAAUUUUAUCAAGCCACCCCCACCAUUUUUCCCUCCUGGAGCACCCCCUACACAUCUUCCACCACCUCCCCUUUUUCCUCCACCACCAAAUGUCAGUACUGCCCCACCUUUAAUCCCACCACCUGGAUCAAUAUCGUUCUCGAUGCAAAAACCAUCUCGAUACGGAAUUCCUAUCACUGUGCCACCUCCAGAGAAGACAGGAAAGAAAGUGAGUGUGAGAAAAAUGAGCCCGAAACGCAGUUUCCCUCCUCCUCCUGGAGGCCCACCACCAUCUCUCAUCCCAACAAUAGAAAGUGGUCACUCUUCUGGCUAUGAUGGGCGAUCAGCUCCUGCAUUUCCUUAUGGCAGUGUGUCUUUUCCUCACAUGCCUGGUUCUGCUGGUCCAUGGUCCAGUCUGGUAGAUACCUCCAAACCGUGGGACUACUAUCCCAGGAGAGAGAAGGACAGAGACCGUGACAGGGAACGAGAUCGAGAACGGGACAGAGAUCGAGAUCGCGAGCGAGUCCGUGAGAGGGAACGGGACAGAGAACGAGAGCGAGAUCACAGUCCAAGCGCAGGCGCAUAUAAUAGUGAGGAAGAGCGAUACAGAUACAAGGAGUAUAACGAGCGAACAGAAAGGAGCUACGAGCGUCACAGAGAAAGAAUCAGCAGAGAAAAGGAGGAAAGACACAGGGAAAGGAGACAUCGGGAGAAGGAGAAAGAGGAGUCGUCCCGUCACAAAUCAUCCCGAAGCAGCAGCAGGCGCCGCCACGAGAGCGAAGAGGGCGACAGUCACAGAAGACACAAACACAAAAAGUCCAAAAGAAGCAAAGAAGGCAAAGAUGCAGGGACCGAAGCCGUGCAGGAAUCCGAAAGUGUUGAAUCCACCAAUGCCGAUUAGGCACGCAUGACCCAAGUUUUGUGCAAAAACUUCUGUUUUUAACAAACCUGCACUGAGUUCCUGAAGCCAUUACAUUAGUGUUGAAAAUAUCAUUCUUUUUCCCCAGUUAAAAAAAACAAAAAACUUUUUGUUCACUUGUUUUCAAAUUGGAAAAAAUUUUUGUUUUUCUGAAAAAUACACUUUGUUUUCUCUGUUUAGAUGAAGAACAAUUUCUGUCUCGCAGUCUUUUGUUUUGAUGUGCAUCUGUUUAGUAAAAAAAAAUUGAUUCUAAA